AUGCAGCUGACUCGGUGCUGUUUCAUAUUUCUUAUCCAGGGGAGCAUCUAUCUUCUGGUAAUCUGUGGCCAAGAUGAGGCAACAGAAGAGGAAGAAGAAGAAAAUGGAAAAUCCUCCAAAACUCAACAAAGACCCCGAGUGCAAAAGAAAAAAGGCCAAGUCUCCUUAAAGUCCUCUGUAACCCCAUCUUACUUCCAGAAUACAACUCUCUUAGAAUUGGCCGCCAGUAAUGCACCAGAAUUUUGGAAUAUCCUAGAUAGCUUGUCCAAGCAGGGAAAAGGCAAACAACCUCGUGGAAGAAGAGAUUCCCUGACCAACCCUAGUCAGUUCAAGAAAAUAUUUGGGUGGGGUGAUUUCUACUCCAACAUCAAGACAGUAAAACUCAACCUCCUAAUUACAGGCAAAGUGGUUGAUCAUGGGAAUGGCACAGUCAAUGUGUUCUUUCGGCAUAACUCCACUGGCCAUGGGAACAUCUCAGUCAGCUUGGUGCCACCAAACAAAGCAGUUGAGUUUGAUCUUGAGCAACAAAUCUUCAUAGAGGCAAAAGAAUCAAAGAUCUUCAACUGCCGGGUGGAAUCUGAGAAGGUGAGCAAAGCGAAGAAGACUACCCUGUGCACUUAUGACCCUUCUAAAACCUGCUUCCUGAACCACACACAGAGCCAGGUCUCCUGGGUUUGCUCCAAGCCAUUCAAAGUUAUCUGUAUCUACAUAACCUUCUACAGCAUAGAUUACAGACUUGUGCAAAAAGUGUGUCCUGACUACAACUACCACAACAAUGUUCCUUAUUACCCCUCUGGGUGA